ACACUGAACUCUGUCUGCAAAGUAAUUGGUGAACCAGGCAAGGCAGUCAUCCGAAAAACCGAGGCUACUGAGUCUGCCGAUAAGAAUAUGGAGUGUAUGGUUCAUCUGGAAGUAUCGGGAAAAAGCUACGAAAUGAGAAAGGUUUGCACAUACCGUAAUGUACAUUUUUUUUUAUUUGUGUUUUGGUAUCAUUUUUAUGUGGUUGUUUUACCUAUGGAAUUGAACGCACUGAUUGGAAGAGGCUAUGGAUAAGAGCAUCUGCUAAGUUAUACCUGAUUGCGUGGGCUAAGUGGGUUAGAAUUGUGUAAUUCAGAGCAUCAUGCCAAACUUGGAAAUGCUGAAAAGUGUGAUAUUGUAGGUUAGUAAUUCAUUUUCAACCACAUUUGUUCCAAGUUUAGUACCUUUUAAUUUCAAGCGUUUGUAGGCAGUAUAAAGCCAUGCCUACUAAAGUUAAUGAUUACUUACUCACUUUAAACUGAGUUGAGUUUGUGUGUCAUUCAUUAUUUUACAGAAGUGCUCCCAGACUAUGGUCUGCACAAAUACUAAUAAUACAUUCUUUAGAUAAAUCAUUUUGUUAUGGGUCAUCUUAGGCCAUCAUUAUCACAUAUAUGCUUCUUCAGAAACCUCUUUCUCAUCCUAAUGUCUGCUUUAAUCUCACUUCUCCUCUGGAACACUCUGAGACGCCCAACCUGUUCUGAGAGAAGCCCGCUCCCAGCACCUGACCUCCUGCCACAAGACUACGCAGAUGACCUGCCUGCCUGCUCAGCCAUCAUCAGAGGAGACCUGAAGGGCAUCGACAAGGAGCAGCUCAGAAGACUUCUGAAAACAAAGAAUAAGCCCAAGCUUCUGUCUGAGGCGUUCUACCACGACGUGACCCGAAACUGUAAAACGUACGUUACAGGCAGAGGGUUCGUCAUGAUGCCCCUGAGUGUGGAGGAGAGAGACUUCCCCAUCGCCUACUCCAUGGUGGUCCAUGAGAAGAUUGAGAUGUUUGAGCGACUCCUGCGUGCCGUGUACACACCUCAGAAUGUAUAUUGCGUGCAUGUGGACCAGAAAUCCUCAGAAGAAUUCAGGACUGCAGUAAAGGCUAUUGUGACUUGUUUUACCAAUGUGUUUGUGGCAAGUAAGACAGAGAGUGUGGUUUACGCAUCGUGGUCUCGAGUGCAGGCAGAUCUAAACUGUAUGAAGGACCUGUUGAAGUCACCUGUCCAGUGGAGGUACCUACUCAAUACCUGUGGAACAGAUUUCCCCAUUAAAACCAACGCAGAGAUGGUUCAGUCACUCAAACUGCUCAACGGGAGGAACAGCAUGGAGUCUGAGACCACCGUCGACUAUAAGAAACACCGGUGGCAGUAUCAGCACAAUAUAACCAAUAACAUAGUAGUCAGAACAGACGUUACGAAGAGCCCUCCUCCAUUUCCCCAGAUCUGUGCCUCUACACAAUCCAGUCUCAGAGCUCUACUACCAAUUAUUUUGACCUCAUGGCUUGGUUUUUGCCCUGUCAACUGUGGGACCUUA